GGUGAAGGGUGGCGGCGUCUCCCCGGUUACUGGAGCCGCGCUGGGGUCAAGCGGAGACAUAGUGUAGGCGCAGGAGAGCAGGGACUGAUAGUCCACCGCCUGGGAAAGGAACUGAGGCUCUCGAAGCAUGUGAAAAGUGGGAGGAAGCGCCGGGGAGACGUUGUUCGGCCGCCGACUGAGCUUCGGGACCGGCGCGGGAUGUAGGUCGCCUCGGCGUCAACACUCCCGGCUCGUGUUUGAAGCCGCCUUCCCAUUGAGAGAAGUGGAAGAUCACCCAUCCCAUCGUUCCGCUGCCAAGAACCAGCUCGCCGAACUUACCUGUUGUCGGGCAUACUUCUGUAGCGUUCAUUUUAAAGGAUACAACAGAUUGCAUUGUAUUUGUUGCGGUUUUCCAUCAAGGGAGAAAAGAUAUCCUGCACCUGGUGUUUCAUGUUACCAAUUGGUACGUUUUCUCUUGUUCAGAUAUGAAGAAGCGGCACAGUGCAAUGAUAUCCUCAUCAAUGAUUUCUUAACUGGACUUUCAACUCGAUGUUUUAAAAUCACGGACGUUCAGUGGACUUUAUAUCAAGUUUUAUCCCCGUUUAUCCUAGUUUCAAUGCAGCAAUGGGUUGCUUUUGCACGACACAAGAAGAAUUCUAUUGCGAAGUAUUACUUUUGGAUGAGACCAAGCUUACCCUAACCGCUCAACAACAAGGAAUAAAAAAAUCUACCAAGGGGUCUGUUGUCCUGGAUUAUGUCUUCCGACAUGCAAACCUGAUGGAGACAGAAUACUUUGGUUUGCGCUAUUGUGACAGGAGUCAUCAAACUUACUGGUUGGAUCCCAUGAAAACUCUUGCUGAACACAAGGACCUCAUAAACACUGGCCCACCUUAUACAUUAUAUUUUGGUGUAAAGUUCUAUGCAGAAGAUCCUUGUAAACUUAAAGAAGAAAUAACAAGAUACCAGUUUUUUCUACAGGUCAAACAGGAUGUCCUUCAAGGUAGAUUGCCUUGCUCUUUAAACAUUGCUGCACAAUUGGGUGCAUAUGCUCUCCAGUCUGAACUAGGAGACUAUGAUCCUUUUAAGCAUACAGCCAACUACGUAUCUGAAUAUCGCUUUGUUCCUGAUCAGAAGGAGGAUCUUGAAGAAGCAAUAGAGCAAUUUCAUAAAGCUUUAAUGGGUCAAGUUCCUGCUGAGGCAGAACUCAAUUACUUACAAGUUGCCAAACUUUUAGAGAUGUAUGGAGUUGAUCUCCAUCCUGUUUUUGGAGAAAACCAAACUGAAUAUUUUUUAGGUUUAACACCAGUUGGAGUUGUUGUCUACAAGAAUAAAAUACAAGUUGGGAAAUAUUUCUGGCCAAGAAUUACCAAGGUGAACUUCAGAGAAACCCAGUUUGAGCUAAGAGUGCUGGGAAAAGAUUGCUCUGAAACAUCAUACUUCUUUGAGGUACCCAACAAAGCAGCCUGUAAGCAUCUAUGGAAGUGCUGUGUUGAAUAUCAUACAUUUUUCAGAUUGCCUGAAACUGAUGAGUAUUCAAAUUCUUUGUCCCGAAAACUUAGCAAGCUGGGAUCUCUAGGGUACAGACACCGAUACAGUGGUAGGACUGCAUUUCAACUAAACAGAGAUCAAUCCAUUGAACUACCACGACUCAAUCAGAAUGUGCAGAGAACUCGCAGUAAGACCUACCCUAAGAGGAUACUCCACUCUCCACAAUCUGGAUCAAAUGGUGUCAGUCGCAGUGUUACAAAAACAGUCAGUACGAAAUAUGAUGGCCCCACCAAAAUUAUCGCGCCUUCACCAGUGAAAAGCUCCAGGGCAACCAAAUUAGAUGGUAGUCCAGCCAUACAGAACAGAACUAGUGCGCCAUGGGAGGAAAAUGGUCCCCAGAGUGGAUUAUUUAUUUCUCCAAGUGAACGUAACAAAUCACCAAAGUUCCCUCAUCCUAAACGACGGACUGCUUCUGGUGGAAGUGACAAUGAGUUGGUUCAGCCUGGCAGACGAUGGAAGAGUCAAAACAAUGGCGAAGAUAUAGAUCCAAAGCAACAUAGGAGAAGAUCCCGAUCCCGUGGAAACACCAGUGGCAGUGGUAGUGAGUCGGAAAACUCAAGUAGAGAACGUAAAAGAAGGAACAGGUCACGUCAAGAGAAUGAGAUGGUGGACUCAGCUCCUCAAUGGGAACAAGUGCUGAGACGGCAAAAAGAAAGAUCAUUAACUGACCCCAACAACAGACGUUCAAAGCACAGAUCACGAUCGAGGAGCCCAGACGUACAGGCAAAGGAAGAAUUAUGGAAACACAUUCAGCGGGAAUUGGUGGAUCCAAUUGGUUUAACAGAGGAAGAGCUGAAAGAGAUACCAUACACCAAAGUAGAGACUCAAGGUAACCCGAUACGAAUCAGGCAUUCACACUCACCUCGAAGUUUUCGACAGUAUCGUCGCUCUCAGUGUUCCGAUGGUGAACGAUCUGUUCUGUCAGAAGUAAAUUCUAGAACAGACCUUGUGCCCCCACUGCCUGUGACCCGUGCCUCAGAUGCUCACGGUCCUCGUGGAUCAUCUGCACCAUUGAAUCAAAAGCGAAAUAAACUUGAAGGAAGUACAACAGAAAGAAAGCUGCAGACUGCAAGUGAUAACUGGGAUUCAAAAUACAAUGUUAAAACUUCUCGAACUAUACAGACACCGAGGAUAAAGAAUGACAGCUGAUUAUCAUUAACUUGUCAUCUGAAGAAAUUGUUGCCCAGGCCUUGAUGUACGGACAACUCUAUUUGCCACAAUAAUAUUGCCUUGAGUGAAAACUUGUUUUGACAUUGUUUUAUUACAAUACAUCCUAUUUCUUCUGGAUUUUAUACUGAUCUCAAAUAUAUUGAUGACAGACUUUGGGACCAAGUACCUCCUUUUUUAAAUAUAUUUUCUAAAUGCAGCAAUAGAAGACUUUUCUACACUUCUGUUUGUACUGAAAUUUUCAUUCCUGAUCAUCAAUACACUUGAACAAAGGUAAAGCAUACAAAUUUAUUUAACACUGGAAUGUUUAUCUAUUGCAUUCAAUACUUUCUAUACAGUGCUCUCAUGAUAUUACCCUUAAUUGAAUGCAUCAGGUAAAAUAUUGUUAUUUCGUCUUAGAAAUGAAUGGUUUGUGCAGUUUUUAUAUGUCUCCGUACAUCUUAUAGUACUAUUUGUUUAGUAUUUCCAGUUUGCAGGAAUAUUUGUUUAGAUGCUAGUGUAUUGUCAAUAAAUAAAUGUUACCAUUU